AUGCGAGGAGAAAUUAUGUGGCCAAGAUUAGUAGCUAGCAAGCUACUAAGGAAAACAUUAGGAUCUAACAACUUCGUCGCGGAUUUUCCUGGAAACGACACCUAUUCUUUUGUUAAUCUACCAAUAUUGGAUCUCGAACCUGUCUCGAGUCCUAAGAUAAUUUUGAGUAAUCAUCAUCAUACACAAAAGUUCAAGGUCUUCGUGAGUACAUGGAACGUUGGUGGUGUUUCACCUAGUGAAGAUUUAAAUAUCGACGAUUUGUUAGAUACAUGCAAUACUCCGUGCGAUGUCUAUGUCUUUGGAUUUCAAGAAGUGGUUCCUCUAAGAGCUUCCAAUGUUCUUGGUUCGGAGAAGAAGAAAAUAUCGAUGAAAUGGAACUCACUGAUAAGAAAAACUCUAAACAAGAACUCAAACAACCGAAGCUACAAAAAUGAUAACUUGGAUGACAAGAAACAAAGUUUUUUCCGUGCUGCGGCAAAAAGCAACAAAUCAAAGAUUGAAAGUAGCAUGAUCCAACCAGAGUUUCGGUGUUUAAUCAGUAAACAAAUGGUUGGGAUAAUGAUAUCCGUUUGGGUUCGCAGUGAUCUUCAUCCUUUCUUCAGAAAUCCUAGCGUUUCUUGCGUUGGUUGCGGUGUCAUGGGAUGCCUUGGAAACAAGGGCUCAGUGUCGGUUCGAUUCCAAUUUCAUGAGACAAGUUUUUGCUUUGUAUGUAGCCAUCUAGCAUCCGGAGGAAGAGAGGGAGACGAGAGAGUAAGAAACGCCAAUGCCGCGGAGAUAUUGUCUAGAACAAGUUUUCCGACUGCCAUGGGGCCUUCCCUUGAUCUACCAAGAAAAAUUUUAGAUCACGAUCGAGUCGUGUUGCUUGGAGAUCUCAAUUAUCGGAUUUCCUUGCCGGAGAGGGAGACUAGAUUGCUAGUGAAAAGGAAGGAUUGGAAUACUCUACUUGAGAAUGAUCAGCUUCGAAUGGAACUCAUGGAUGGUCAAGCAUUUGAAAUUUGGCAUGAAGGAACAAUCAAUUUUGCUCCUACUUACAAAUACCACCUUAAUUGUGAUGAAUACUAUGGUUGUGGUAAUCUUGGUACCAAAGGCAAAAAGAAACGUGCUCCUGCCUGGUGUGAUAGGAUAAUUUGGACAGGGGAAGGACUAAAGCAACUUCUAUAUGCAAGAAGUGAAACCCGUUUAUCUGAUCAUAGGCCCGUGAAGGCGAUUUUCUCUACGGAAGUUAAAGUUUCACGAAUCCGGUACCAAAACUUUUGUUUAUCAGAGAGGUAUGGACAACGUAGAACCAAAGCCGAUUUGGAUUUCCAUUCGGAUGAUGAAUACUCGAGUCAUUCAGGGCGGUUAAGCUUCCAUUUAAAAAACAAAACAACGACUCCAUGAAAGUGACCGGCUGUUUCGUUGAUCAAAGAUUAUUAUUAUACAUAUAUAACAAAGAGAAAACAAAGAU